AUGUUACGGUGGACAGUGCACCUGGAGGGCGGGCCCCGCAGGGUGAACCAUGCUGCAGUGGCUGUUGGGCACCGGGUAUUCUCCUUCGGGGGUUACUGCUCUGGUGAAGACUACGAAACACUGCGUCAGAUUGAUGUGCACAUUUUCAAUGCAGUGUCCUUGCGCUGGACAAAGCUGCCCCCGGUGAGACCCACCGUCCGCGGGCAGCCUCCUGUGGUGCCAUACAUGCGGUAUGGGCACUCCACCGUCCUCAUCGAUGACACGGUCUUCCUUUGGGGCGGGCGGAAUGACACGGAAGGAGCCUGCAAUGUGCUCUACGCCUUUGACGUCAAUACUCACAAGUGGUCCACGCCCCGAGUGUUAGGAACAGUUCCUGGGGCCCGGGACGGACAUUCGGCUUGUGUCUUGGGCAAGACCAUGUACAUUUUUGGGGGCUACGAGCAACUGGCGGACUGCUUUUCCAAUGAUAUUCAUAAGCUGGAUACCAGCACCAUGACGUGGACCCUUAUCUGUACAAAGGGCAAUCCUGCACGCUGGAGAGACUUCCACUCAGCCACAAUGCUGGGCAGUCAUAUGUAUGUCUUUGGGGGUCGAGCUGACCGAUUUGGGCCGUUCCAUUCCAACAAUGAGAUUUACUGCAACCGCAUCCGAGUCUUUGACACCAGGACUGAGGCCUGGCUGGACUGUCCAGCCACUCCGGUGCUGCCCGAGGGGCGCCGGAGCCACUCAGCCUUUGGCUACAACGGGGAGCUGUACAUUUUUGGUGGCUAUAAUGCACGGCUGAACCGGCACUUCCAUGACCUGUGGAAAUUUAACCCUGUGUCCUUUACCUGGAAAAAGAUUGAACCGAAGGGAAAGGGGCCAUGUCCACGCCGGCGCCAGUGCUGCUGUAUUGUUGGUGACAAAAUUGUCCUCUUUGGGGGUACCAGCCCAUCUCCUGAGGAAGGCCUGGGAGAUGAGUUUGACCUCAUAGAUCAUUCUGAUUUACACAUUUUGGACUUUAGCCCUAGUCUGAAGACUCUGUGCAAACUGGCUGUAAUUCAGUAUAACCUGGACCAGUCCUGUUUGCCCCAUGACAUCAGGUGGGAGCUGAAUGCCAUGACCACCAACAGCAAUAUCAGUCGCCCCAUCGUCUCCUCCCAUGGGUAG